GCCUCCCUCCCUCCCUUCCUUCUUUCCGCCUCCCAUCUGCAUCUGCUGCAGAGCUUAGCCAACACGCAUCUCGACCAGGCUCCGUCAUCGGCGGCAUCUUUUUCGGCUUAUUUCUUCUUUUUUUUUUUCCCUUCUCCUCUGGUGGCGAUGGGACAAUCGCCAGGCGCACUUUUGGGCGGUUGAGGACGGCGGCUGGGGCGCGCGGGGACGCAUCACUGGAUUGAGCCGGCCGUCUGUCCCUCAGUCUCCCGGAACAGCCGCCGCCGUGUAGCUUUUUUUUUUUUUUUUUUUUUUCCCUCCCUCUCGCAACCCCCCCUCUCAUCUUCAUCUCCCAUCCUGCCGCCACUGUGGGAAUGCGGCAGAGGUAAAGCGCUCGUCAAGGUGUCCGCCGAUUCUCAACGCCAGGAGCAAAGCUAUUUGCAGAGGCGAGCGGCGGGCUGCGGGCGGUCGGACGGUCAGCCAUCCGCCCACUUAUCGACCCCUCCCGCCCCCCAUGGGGGAAGCCGACGCAGCCGUCACUCCAGGAGAGCAAAAGUGCAAUUGGCGGAUCAAUUGGAUGAGCGCCAGCAUCGUCGUCUUUGGACUUCACCUCCAUAGUGGAUUAUCUCCAACUACAACCCCCCCAACCCCCCUCCCCCACCAACAACAACAAAAGGGGCAAAUUGAGGUUUACAAUCUUGAAGUUGGAUGAGCGAGCCAGGGAAGGGCACUUUUCUUCUCUUCAAGCUAAGCAAGAGUGGCGCGCAGAUGGAUUUACAGCUCUGAUCUCCAUCGCUUGACUCCGGAUCAAUAGCCGCCGUUUUCUUUUUGCUUUGUUUUCAACGAGGGAGCGAAGCAUCUUGGCAGUUGUCAUCGCUUUGUUUGCGGCGCCCCCCUCCCCUCCCCCAAGCGACCUUCCCUCCCUCCUUCCUUCCUUCUCACCUGUGCAGAGCGCGUGAGCUUGUGCGUGUUGUUGCAUGGAUGCGCGUGCGUGUUGUUGCUUCCUCGUCCACCAGGGGGUGUGCGGCCUGUGCCGCUCGCGUUUGCAUGCGAGUUUCAUGACGACGGGCGCGUUAGUUCCGCUCGAGUAGCGCGCGUCAAUCGAAAUCGUCGCCUUGAGACGUGUACGUCGGCUGGCCGUGCCCGCGUGAUGCGCCGCUUUCUUUCUUCGGGACCCCCGUCCGCCUUUCGGCGACGGGUUUGACCUCCAAAAGCCUCCCCGAGAGACGGAAAGCCCGAUGAGCCGGCACUCGGGCGCCGGCCCCCUGGCGGCCAUGACGCUGGAGGAGCCGGGGGCGGAGCGGGCGUCCCCCCGGGCCCCGGGCCCCUUCCGCUGCGGCCCCUGCGCCGUCUGGCCCCGCCAGCAGAGCUGGCUGUGCGCCGUGCCCUUGGUCAUGGGCAUGGUGGGCCUGGGCCUCAGCCUCAUGCUGCUCAAAUGGAUCGUGGUGGGCUCGGUCCAGGACUACGUCCCCACGGACCUGGUGGACCCCAAAGGUAGCAUGGGACAGGACCCCAUAUUCCUCUCCAAACCCAGCGCCGCGCCCAAAGGGCCGGACCUUCCCACCGCCGCCUCCACCGUUUCCACCAGCACGCCGCUGGCCGCCGACGGGACCGCCCCGGCGCCGAGAACUCGAUCCGGCUCGCCGGCGAACCGCUCGGCCGACGGCAACAGAGCGCCGCACCUCCACAACCGGCUCGGCACCCGCGUCGGCGGGACGGCGUCCGCCACCCGCGCCCCCCGGCUCACCGGCGGCGAGGAAGCGACCCCCCGCGGCGCGGUCGGGAAGGGAGGCGGAGCCGGCCACUCCGAGCCGGGACAGAGGCCCUCGGCCACCGCCGCCUCCGCCGCCACCGUGAGGAUCAGCACUCGGGUCCAGACGAGCACCGCACAGCCAACCGCCCCCCCGGCCAAGCCCACGACUCGCCGGACUCACGGGCGCCAUGGGAAGGCUCCGGCGACUCGACCGCACCACCGCUUCCGGACACCGAUGGCCCCGACGCAGCCCGGCCUGCGCUCGGAGGUUUUCAAGCCUUGCGUCGAAGACAAGGACUUGGCCUUUUGCCUCAACGAGGGCGAGUGCUCCAUCAUCGAAACCGUGGCCGGGGUCCAUCGGCAAUGCAGGUGUAAGGAAGGCUACCACGGUCUCCGCUGCGACCAGUUCGUCCCCAAGACGGACGCCGUCUUGUCCGACCCGACAGAUGAACUCGGGAUCGAGUUUAUGGAGAGCGGCGACACCUACCACAGGCAAGUGUUGUCCAUCUUGAGCAUCGCCUCGGGGAUGUGUCUUCUGGGCGCGGCGUGCACGGCUCUCUACCGGCGCAACAAGAGACGACGGCAAAAGCUGCGGGCUCACUUGUCCGAAAGUCGUAGCUUGAGGAACUGCGGGAUCAACGCCUCGGCUCUGAUGUCCAAGUCCGCCCGGAGGACGCAGUCCGGCCUCCAAAAGGCAAGUACUCCGCUGACGUUCCGCGGCUCCCUCUCCCGCCAGACCGCCACUUGCGACCCCCGUUUGCCGACCCAACCGCAAAUAGUUGCGCAAACAACCGACGAGCUGCGCCGGGACAACAAGGGCGGCAGCCCGCGCGGCACCGGCGAGGCGGCGGCCCCGACGCCAUCGCCGCGCGCUCUCGGCGGCGCGCGGUCCAAAGGGAAACGCCUCAGGAGCAACUCCCUGUCGCCGAGUCCGGCGCAAAGAUGGCAGGAGGCCCGUCAUUUCAGGACGCCGCCCGUUUCCAGAGGAAAGUCCAAGCCGCCGUCCAAUCCCGCGGACGCGUCCCGUCACGCCUACAAGCACCUGCGGGAGGAGGAGCCAACUGACGCGGAGGCCUUUGGCGGGUGCGAUGCCAGCGAGGGAAAGGUCGCCGCCCCCCUCAGCGACUUGGCCCCCAGAAAGGGAUGGAGGGAGGUGCCUCGCGCCGGCCCGGAUGAGGGAAGCGGCCUCCCCCCGCCCUCGCUGCGCGCCCGUUCCGUCCCCAUCAUCCCCUCGCUGCAGGCGCGCCACCUUGAGGGGAGGCGCGGGGAUACGACUGAGCAAAAGCCGGGGGGGUGUCGCGUCCCCGCCGGCGGCCCUUCCUCUCCUCCCAUCGCCGCUCGCCCUCAGACGCCCUCUUCCUCCGCCGCCAUCGGAAAUGAACUCCAUCGGGCGUUGCAGCGCAAAAGCCCCUCGAGUCCCCCGACCGAGUCCUCGGGUUCUGGCGUCACCCGCGGCGCUGCUACCGAGGUCGGGAGCGGACAAAGGAGCUGCCGCACCGCCGCAGAGCGCCCGGGCACUGCAAUGCCAGCUUUGAAGACGCCAUAUAGCGCCAUCCGGAGCCCAAACGGCCCCUCGGCCGUCUGCGGAGGAAACGGAAAUUCCAGUUGAUUGGAUUCAAGGUUCCAUCCCCAGACUCUUGCCAUUGGCUCGGCGGGACCGCCCGCGCGGCCGCGUGGACCCAUAUCGGAGGCCGUUUGACGGACGGAUUGAAUUGCAAAGGGCCGACGAGGACAAAAAGAAAAAAAAAAUGCGUCGGAUCGUUGCGGCAAACGAGCCCAAACAAGCACACGUUGUGAAUAAUGUCGGUGGGAGCUCAAGUGCAAGAAAAAAAAAAACAAAAGAAAAGAAAGCGACACUAUUUAAAGGGAGCUUCGACCUAGAAACCAAAAUAGUGUGUCUCAAUGUUGUUUGUCAAUUGUCAAGAAAUGAUACGGUAUCCGUCAUCCAAUAUAUGUCACAUGGACGUAUAUAUAUUUGACAUCCAAUUGUGACAAAAUAAAGACAAAGAGAACGGUGUGGAGA